CAAAACCACCUUCAAAAAAUAGAAAAAAAAAAGAAAAAACAACGAAACACACCAAAAACCAAACCCCAGACUCUGGCCUCUCUCUCUCCUCUUUCGCUCAGUUAAUCAGAUAGAAAGAGCGAAACUGAGAUUAGUAAGAGAGAGUGGAUUUAAACAUCUGGCGCAAAAUUCUGAAAUUAAUCAAUCGAAAUUAGCCGUUGAAGAAGUAACCCUUCUUUCUUGUUCCCGCCAUGGUUACACAGGUGGUGGAGGGUGCAACAAACCCACCAUCCUCUUCUUCAACUCUUGACCAUGUUCAGAAAACCAAGACUUUGUUUUGCGCUCUUAAUCUUCUCUCUCGUGACCUCCCUCUCCCUCCUGAAGUCUUCGCCACCGUCUCUUCUAUCUAUCACGGUGAUGGUGCUGAUGAUGAUCCUGCCCUUUCGCCUUCUGACGGGGCCCAAUUGGGUGAUUCUGACCCUAAAUUGAAUAAACAGGAUUUAUCUGGUAUCUCUAGUUAUGGGGACUUGAUUAUGGAGUUUGAGGAUGCUGUGGUUAAGCAACGGCCGAGAUGCAUAUCCAGUAGCGCGCUGACAGAUUUGAAUGAGAGCCGUAUCCAGAGCAGAGUUGAGCAUCGGUUAACUGAACUUGAAGAGUUGCCUGCAAGUAGAGGUGAGGAUUUGCAAUCGAAGUGCUUGCUUGAACUUUAUGGUCUUAAGCUAGCAGAGCUGCAAAUGAAGGUUCGUUCUGAAGUAAGUUCAGAGUAUUGGCUACGCCUCAAGUGUGUUCAUCCUGAACAGCAGUUAUUUGAUUGGGGGAUGACACGGUUGCGCCGCCCUUUUUACGGUGUGGGACAUCCUUUUGCUAGGGAUGCUGAUGAUCAAUUGAGGAAAAAAAGAGACGCGGAGAGAUUAUCUAGAUUUGAAGAAGAGGAGAAGAACUACGUGGAGACUAGAAAAAGGAAAUUUUUUGCAGAUUUGCUCAAUGCGGCUCGUGAGUUCCAGUUACAAGUUGGAUCUUUUUCAAAACGCCGGAAACAGAGGAACGACGGGGUCAUGGCUUGGCAUGGUAGGCAAAGGCAACGUGCUACAAGGCAAGAGAAAAUGAGGAUGGAUGCUCUGAAAAAAGAUGAUCAGGAAGCAUACAUGAAGAUGGUUGAGGAGAGCAAAAAUGAAAGAUUAACUAUGCUACUUGGGAAAACAAACGAGCUUCUUGUUUCUCUUGGUGCUGCAGUUCAACGACAAAAAGAUGCUGAACAUUUUGAUGGCAUCGAGCCGUUAGAAGAGUCCGAUGCUGAUAUGCGAGAAUUGGAUGCCUCGAAAGAAGAUGAAGAUAUUGAUGCAAGUGAUGAAGAUUUUGGCAAGGCAGGCAAUCUACUUGAUGGUCAGAAGAAGUAUAAUUCAGCUGUUCACUCCAUUCAGGAAAAGGUAACGGAGCAACCUUCAAUGCUUCAAGGUGGAGAGCUUAGACCUUAUCAGGUAGAGGGGCUCCAGUGGAUGCUUUCAUUGUUCAACAACAAUCUGAACGGGAUAUUAGCAGAUGAGAUGGGAUUAGGGAAAACCAUUCAAACCAUUGCUUUAAUUGCGUACCUAAUGGAGGUAAAAAAUGUGACUGGUCCUCACUUGAUUGUGGCACCGAAGGCUGUUUUACCUAAUUGGGUCCAUGAAUUCCAGACAUGGGUUCCCAGUAUUGUCGCUGUCCUGUAUGAUGGACGACAGGAGACGAGGAAAGCAAUCAGGGAAGAAUAUUUUGCUGAGGAAAAAUUCUGUGUAAUGAUUACUCACUAUGACCUUAUCAUGAGGGAUAAGCAAUACCUCAAGAAAAUUCACUGGUAUUACAUGAUAGUUGAUGAAGGGCAUCGAUUAAAAAACCAUGAGUGUGCUCUUGCGCGGGUUCUUGUUUCAGAAUAUAGGAUUCGGCGUAGACUUUUACUGACCGGCACUCCAAUACAGAACAGCCUCCAGGAGUUGUGGGCCCUGCUCAAUUUUCUUCUUCCCCAGAUUUUUAAUUCUGUAGAGAAUUUUGCAGAGUGGUUUAAUGCGCCAUUUGCAGAUCGAUGUGAAGUUGCACUUACAGAUGAAGAACAGCUGUUGGUCAUUCGACGGCUGCAUCAUGUUAUUAGACCUUUUAUUCUCAGAAGGAAGAAAGAUGAAGUGGAGAAAUAUUUACCUGGGAAGACGCAGGUCAUAUUAAAAUGUGACCUUUCUGCAUGGCAGAAAAUUUAUUAUCAACAGGUUACAGACAUUGGCAGAGUAGGCAUGGAUUCAGAGAGAGGGAAAUCAAAGGGAUUACAAAACCUGUCAAUGCAGCUAAGGAAGUGCUGCAACCACCCUUAUCUGUUCUUGCCUGAGUAUAAUAUUUGGCGCACAGAGGAGAUAGUUAGAGCAUCUGGAAAAUUCGAGUUACUUGAUCGAUUGCUCCCUAAAUUGUAUAAAUCUGGUCACAGAGUUCUCUUGUUUUCACAAAUGACUCGUCUCCUGGACAUUCUGGAAGUUUAUCUGAGAAUGCAUAAGUACCAGUUCCUUCGACUUGAUGGGUCAUCUAAAACUGAUGAAAGAGGGACCUUACUUAAAGAAUUCAAUGCUCCAAAUUCUCCUUAUUUCAUCUUUCUUCUGAGUACUCGUGCUGGAGGUCUGGGACUCAACUUACAAACUGCGGAUACUGUGAUUAUUUUCGACAGUGAUUGGAACCCCCAGAUGGACCAGCAGGCAGAGGAUCGAGCCCAUCGUAUUGGCCAGAAGAAGGAGGUCAGGGUUUUUGUGUUGGUUAGUGUUGGAUCAAUUGAAGAGGUCAUUUUGGAACGUGCAAAACAGAAAAUGGGCAUUGAUGCCAAGGUAAUCCAGGCUGGGCUCUUCAAUACAACGUCGACAGCUCAAGACAGGAAGGAGAUGUUGGAAGUGAUUAUGCGUAGAGGAACAAGUGCACUUGGAACAGAUAUUCCAAGUGAGAGAGAGAUAAACCGGUUGGCUGCCAGAACAGAUGAAGAAUUCUGGCUGUUUGAGAAAAUGGAUGAAGACAGGAGGCAAGAGGAAAACUACAGAUCUCGUCUGAUGGAAGAUCAUGAAGUACCUGAAUGGGUAUACACCAUUAACACUGAUGCCUCAGAGAGAAGCAAAGGGUUUGAUCAUGAAGUGGGGAAGAUAACGGGUAAGAGGAAGAGAAAAGAGGUGGUUUAUGCUGACUCACUCAGUGACGUAAAGUGGGUAAAAGCUGUUGAAAAUGGUGAGGACUUGUCCAAAACAAUUAACAAAAGAAAGAAGAAAGAAAAUGCUUCUUCUGAGAACUUCAACUCACCAAACAAUAAUAAUAAUCAUGGAGUAUAUGAACUUGGGGAUGAUGAUAUAGCUAAUUUAAGUGAUGGAAAGAGUGAAGAAACUCCGAUAAGAAUGAAUGGGUUGAACUUUGGAACACCAGAACACGAAGAAGAUGGUGGUGGAAAUGGAAAUGGAAAUGGAAAUGAAAGUGGAAGUGGGACUUGGAAACUGACAUGGAAGACACAUAAGAAAAAGAGAUCAAGCUUUAAUGUUAUGGGGUCUUCUUCAAUGUCUGAAUCUUGUAGGGGACAGAGUACUAGUGGACGGGGAAACCGAUGGAGUUGAUUUGUUUACUGCCCUUCCCUGCCCUUUCCCUUAGAGGCAGUUUCACCUGGAUACUACUUCUACAGGGUUAGGUUCAUAGCCUGAUUGUCCAUCAACCUCUCAAGAGUAUGGACUAAGGUUCUUCAAGUUUAAAUAAAAUGUUGCGUAGUCCUCCGUUGGUUGAUUGGGUUAUAUUUUGUUUUCAUUAAUUUGUCAUUAGCCACUAUUUAGCGAUUAAUUGCCAACUUCCUAUUAUUCUACUUCUAACUAGGCAUUAUAUAAUGCUACAUAUAUUAUAUAAUUAAGGAAAUUGUAGCUAGUUUUGGUUUUAA